AUGCGUGAGAUACAGGCAAUGACAGAAGCGGAAUGGUUUAGGGCGAUUAUGGACCGCAAUUAUCUCCGUGUAAAGGCUUCUGUGAAUGACUUCAAGGGCUCCCGAGACCUUGAUGGCGACACAGGUCUGAUUAAGGCAGUUCGGGGCAAUGACAUCGAGAUGAUCCGUAUUCUCGCUCCUCAUGAGAACAGAAGUGUUAACAGGGAUGGGCGCACGGCACUUAUCAUUGCUGCCAUGCAUGAGUAUCCCGAAGCCUGUUCCAUUUUGGCGCCGUAUGAGAAAAUGGUGACACUUCCCGAUAAGCGCACAGCUCUCAUGCAGGCUGCGGCUACAGGGAGCGUAUCGUGUGUGCGCGCUCUCACUGACCACUUUUUCCAGGAGAUUGAUGCACAGGGCUGGACUGCACUAGACUAUGCUGUGACGCGCGGACACUACGAUUGCGUGAGAAUACUUUGUGAAACACAGAAGCCUACCUUAGAAAACAUAGACCGUUGCAUCGCAAUGGCAGAGACGAGCAAGAAGGAUAAGAUCCUUACCUUUCUUACUAAUUAUAAAGAGCAUACCUAUGCAGCUAGAAAUGAUAUACCAAGUAGAGAUAAUAGGGAUAGGUCUAUGACGAUUGGGCCUGAAGACACUGGAAUGCGUGCUUCUCCCAGUACUGCAGUCUCCGAUAGAUAUGACUCUAACCUUUUGCCACUACAGACGAUGCACAGCCGGUAUACCGAAUAUUCCCAGUCUCAGAGCACUGCCACAGCGUCUCCUGGACAGAAAGCCUUUGACCCGCAACCCAAUAUCCAUUAUGACACGUUGGGUCCUCGACAGGCUGCAACUGAAAUGGCCUCUUACAAUAAGACUGGGAGUAAGCCGACCCCAACCGAGUCUCUUGAUCUCCAUGGGAUCCUUCCUAGACGAAGUCCGUUGGGCACACUGGAAUAUACUUCACAAUCUCGUAACUGCAUUGACCUAAAGGACUUGUCCCCACACUUAGUUAAUUAUGGGAACAAUAAGUCACUGAUCAGCUCUGUUCCACCUCUAGAUCCAUUGCAUAGUUACUCUUCAUCUGCGCACACCUCUCCGCCACACAGGCUGCUAAGUUCACGAUCUCUCUAUUCGGGGGCAGGAGAGUCUGCUGCCGAUACCGUAGCAGAGCUGCGAGAGUUGCGCAGCUCCAUUGAACGUAGCAACCAGCACCAGAAGGCGCUGGAGAGUCAGCUCAAUAUCCUCCAGGCCACUAUCGACUCCACGAUCCAGCGGUCUCUUUCCGCUAGCAACUACGGACACAGCUCACACAAACAGACUGCCAACCAGCCAUUGGAUGGGGCCUUCUUUAACGGACCAAUAACGCCUUCCACACACUCCAACUAUGGAGCACCAAUCACUGUCUCUCAAUCCUUAGUGGCCCACGACUAUCAAAAGAGUUCUUGCCAGGGGACAGAAUACACACCUGAUGUCGCAACAGAUUAUUCUAGCUCACCGUCUGCUCCCGUCCGCCCGCUAAACUCCUAUACUAGGACGUCAGGCAUUGAUGACCUUGCUCUAACACCUAAUACUUACGUGCACGCGGCUCAGUCCCAGACCACGCAAGAGCAGCCCUAUAGCACCAUUUCUGGGGGUCCUUAUGCCCCCAACACUUUCACAGAAAGUCAGCAGAACGAGGGAGACGUUCUCGAUCAAGAUGGUACUACCGUUCUAAUGCUUGCAGCACAAGCAAACGACAGCGUCUUGCUCCGUGAAAAUCUGCACCUGGCAAAGAGGGUCAAUAAGGUCGGCAAGACAGCCCUUAUGUUUGCGGCCGAGCGAAACAAUCUCGAGGCAGUUAACCUCCUUGUUACUCGAGAGGCUAAGAUUCGCGCAUUUGCCGACAACGACUACACUGCACUCAUGUAUGCAGCCCAGCGCGGCUACGCAGACUGCGUGAGAACCUUGGCGCAGUACGAAUCUCGGCUGCACAGUAAGAUGGGCUACACGGCCCUCAUGCUUGCUGCCCAGAAUAAUCACGUCGAGUGCACUAUGAUUUUGAAGCCAUAUGAGGCAGGGAUGCAAACGCCAUCAGGCCUGACUGCCCUGAUAUGUGCCGCCUCCAACAGCAACGAAGAAUGUGUUAAACUUCUCGUUGACAGGGAAGCAACACUGAGCACUACCGAUCUGAGCCAGCAAGGAGCUGGCUUUACAGCUCUCAUGGCUGCAGCGCGAACCGGGUCUUACGGCUGCACUAAGAUCCUCCUACCAUACGAAGCGCAUCUCACCCAGGAGACUGGAAAGUCUGCACAGGAUUGGGCCAAUGAGUCCUGGUACUCCAAUAGUAGGACCAGAGACCUCAUCUACGAAUAUGGAGUAUCCAGCAAGACAACACGAGUGUAA